CCAGCUAAACCGAAUGAAAAAGCAGGAUGAUAUUCUGAGUGAACGCAUGCGUAUAUUUUCGUCAGCUAAACUGUCAGAUUACGAAUAAACUUGGACAAAUCUUAAUAUCAUCCCCUGCAUGAUGAUUUUUUCAAAUAAUUAUUAUGUAUUGAUCACAUAAAAAAUGUUUGGUGACUUAAAAAUAGGAAGUUCGCUUAGAUAUAUUCUUUUACUGUUAUUAGCCUGUACUACUCUCGGUAACGAUGUAAAAAUCGAGCAACUAACAUUUUGUGGCCAGGCAUCAUCUGACAAGCCAUCCAGCAGUCUUGUAUUCGUCAGUACAUUAGAUGGCAAAAUAUCGGCACUCGAUACGUCCCAACAAGGAAAAGCGCAAUGGACCUUACAGUUGAACGACAGUCCGAUGUUGUCGUCCAACAUUCAUCGACGAGAAUUGAACAACAAUGGUCAAUGGGUCAGAUUGAUUCCGUCGCUGAAUGGCGGCCUGUACAAAUUUGAUGGUGAAAAUGUCGAGGCGGUGCCGAUCAAUUCUGACAAUCUACUACAGUCAUCCUAUCGAUAUACCGACGAUUUAGUUUUUUCUGGUGGAAAGGAAACUCAAUCUUAUGGUGUAUCGACUCUGACUGGGCAGAUAUUAUACGAAUGUAACAUCAGCGGAUGCACCAACAAAACAGAUGGAAACGAUCAGAUCGAUCAAGAAGUUCUUAUUAUUCAACGUUUUCAGAAGACUGUUAGAGCCAUUGAACCUCGCACAGGUCACGAAAGGUGGAAUUUUAGCGUUGGACAACACAUUCUGUCUCUGGUUCCUCACGAAGAUCUUGACUGCCAUGAUGAUGCACCGGCACCUUUAAAAUUGGAUCUUAAAUUUGAACUGAAAGUCAUUGUCCCAGAAGGACGAAUUUGGGCCGUUGACAAGCUACAACCAGAUGCUGUAUUAUGGCAACAUCAGUUCGAUUCUCCGAUUGUAAGUAUAUGGCAAGCAGAUUACUCUACCGAAUCCAGAAGUUACAACAGCUUAAAACAAGUAGAUCUAUUUAGUGGUUCCCAAUGGGUUUGGGGAAGUGAAUCUUCACUGAGUCCCAGUAUCUACUUGGGAAUGCAUGAGAAGCAGUUAUACAUUCAGGAAAGCCAAGCUCUUCACAAAAUGUUAGAUACGUCACCAAAAAAAGUUGUACAUACACCAAAGUUUCCGUGGCAACCAUAUCCUGCUAUAAGCAAUGCCGUGGCUAUCAAAAAUAUCGAAGAGCAAGAAGUAGGACAAAAAGUAUCGGAAUUAACAGAUGAGUCGCAAACCACAGCACUAUCCGUCUUGUACGCUUCUUCAUACGUCAAUGGGAAUGGCUACUACUUAUACACAGAUAACGACUUGCAUUUGAAAGACAACAAACAAUGCAAUAAUAGCACAACUCCUGAUAUAGUAACAGGAGGUAUCGAGGAACCCUCUCUGACUGACUACUUGAAUGAAGGUGAUGACACACCUGUGCGAGUGAUCAUAGUAUCACUCUGGUAUUGGUGGAAAGAGGUAGUCAUAAUAUCUAUAACUACUGCCGCACUUCUCAAUUUUAUGCUUACUCAACGGCUUCUUAAUGCUACGACACCUACAAGAGAUGCAAUACCACCGCCGUUGAUCGUGGAACGGCACAUUGAAACUCAAAAAGAUGAUACAAAAGUCCAAACGGAUGUCAGCAAUGGCUUAGAUUUCAAGUCACGGUAUCUCACAGACUUCGAGCCGAUCGAUUGUCUCGGAAAAGGUGGAUAUGGAGUUGUCUUUGAGGCAAAAAACAAAAUAGAUGACUGCAAUUAUGCCAUUAAACGGAUCGCUCUACAAAACAGCCGAGAUUCUCGAGAACGGGUUAUGCGUGAAGUGAAGGCAUUGGCAAAACUGGAUCAUCACAAUAUCGUACGUUAUUUUAAUGCCUGGCUGGAAUGCCCUCCAAUGGGAUGGCAAGAAGAUCACGAUCAAUACUGGGUGGAUAAACAAAAGUUUCCACCGUCUGAAUUUUCUACAGGAUUGUCUCCUGAUGCUUCGAAACCUAGUGAUUCUGUGUGCAUCGAUGUGCCUCAGAGCAAUCCUUCGUCAAUUGACAGUGCUUUUGAAGCAUAUAAACUUGAUGAUCACAAUGAUGACAGUGAUUCUUUCAUAGUGUUUGAGGGGUCAAAUUCAGGCGAAAAUGACGAAACUGCAAGCAUAAUUGACCUAACUGAGGGUGAAGAUCCUAAUGGAAGAUCGCAUUUGAGUAACGAUAUUAAAGUUUGUCUUCCCUGUCAUACUGAUGAAUCUUAUUCCAAAUUGAGCAUGUGUAAUAAUGAAGAUAUCAGAAUGAACAAUAGGAAUGAGACGAAUAAAAGUGAUAGAAAGCGUUCGCUUUCAUUGAGCUUAGAUAAUAAGGCAAAGUCAGUUAAACAUAAGCCGAUGAAAAUGUUCCUGUACAUACAAAUGCAACUGUGCCAAAGACUCAGUCUUAGAGAAUGGUUGAAGCAACAAGUUGAACCAAGGGAUACCCAACAUACUUUGAAAAUAUUUCGACAAAUAGUGGACGCUGUUGAAUAUGUUCACCUCCAGGGCCUAAUCCAUCGAGACUUGAAGCCUUCAAAUAUCUUUUUUGCGUUCGAUGAUAAAAUAAAAAUCGGGGACUUCGGACUUGUGACCGCUAUGACAGUGGGAUGUGAUGAAGCGCGCACUCCUGACGAAGGACCAGAAACAAACAAGUUUAAAAAUAUUUUACACACUGCAAGAGUAGGCACUCAUUUGUAUAUGUCUCCAGAACAAAUGACUGGCCAAGCUUAUGACUACAAAGUGGAUAUUUAUUCACUGGGUAUCAUUCUCUAUGAACUAUUAGUACCAUUUAAAACUGAGAUGGAAAGAAUUAUUGCCCUCAGAGAUUUAAGAAAAUCCAUCUUUCCAUCAGAUUUUUCUUUAAGAUAUACUGCUGAGUAUGACCUACUGAAGAUGAUGCUAGACGAGGAUCCGAAGAGACGACCGACAACGUUGGGUAUAAAGGCACGACCACCUUUGGCAAACCUACAAACUGUUGGCUCCCUUGACGUUGACCAAGAACGUUGGCACUUUGAUUUACCUCAGAAAAGCAGGCACUCUUCAGUUACUAGUAGUUCCAGUGGGGAAUCCUGGGAAAAUAUCAGUUGAAUAUCUGCACUGUUAUAAACAUUAUGCCGUAAAAGAGAUUUCCUGUGCUUACAUAGACCUAAGGUAGGUAAUUAACUCUGGUUGUUUGGACAAAGCUCACUAAGACACAUGGUUUAUUUAUUUUUAUUUUUAUUUUAGUUUAAUCUUACAGUCUUAUGAUAGUAUGAAUACAUUGUAUGUCAAAGUAUGAAAUGUUCUUGUAAAUCAUGUACUAAAGUAUCAAUCACAAAUGCUUGGAAAAUUAUCUUUCAU